AUGAGUUUGGCUGAGCUGUUAUCCAGCGAAAACUUCUUUUAUAUGACAUAUUUCAACAAAACUGACGCUUUUUUGAACGACGACUUCGAAUUCUAUAGAAUCUACUGGGCUGUGGAGCUGACGGUUACCAGCUUGAGGUUUUAUUUUUAUUAUUGAAAGAAAAAUUAACUUUCAAUUCGAUACUCUAAGGGCCUCUAGAAUGCUCUCCUAAAGGGGCCAAUACUUGAAAACCAUAUAGGGACCACUACUGCAAGCUUUAGUGGCCCCUAGAGGGGAGGUAAAGUGGUCCCUAUAAGGGAAUCUUCAAGGGCCCCUAUAGGGACCACUGUAAAGUUCCUAAGUUUGACUCCCGAAACUUCCAGCAUCCCUUACUUUGUGCUAAUCUGCUACCUGAACAUCACGACCAAUCAAAAUCAUCGGAAUAUGCGACUGAUCUACGACGUCUACUUUUUCCACUACUUUUUCUACGCCUUCAGUAGAAUAUUCCAAAUCACUGCGUCUACCUUGGUUGGCUACAAUCUCGGUGGGAAAUCUCUGCAUCUUAUGAAGAAAAAUGUUGAUUUUUUUGGUUUAGAAACAGAAUUUCCAAUUAUGCUCCUAAUAACGUCAUAUGUGCGAUCGCUGGUCGCUGCGAUAGGUAACAUUUGAAACAGUAUAAGAAUAAUCAAUGAACUGACCAGCUUUUCUCAUCAUCUCGGCCUUCACUUUUGAACGGGCCUGCGCCACCUAUUUCGUCGGCGAAUAUGAAGCCCGUCGCCAUUCUUGGAUUUUCAAGUGAGACUGAAAAAAUUUAUGAAAAAUCGGAAAAUAUUCAGAACAGUAUAUAUUACGCUUCUUAUCGUCGGAAAUACUACGGCUAUUUGGCUUCAUAUAGGAACAAGUGAGACUAAUAAUUUUUCCCAAUAAUAAAACUGUUUUCAGUUGCAAUCAAAAUCGGCCUGCUUUCUUUCGUGCUCUUGAUUAAUGCCGCAACUAUAGUGGUCAGUUUUUUUUAAAAGAACAGUCAAGAAAAAUGAAGAUUAGAAAGUUUUUUCCAUAAACAAAAUACAUUUUCGCAAUCAUAUAUUUCGACUUGUUUCUCAUCCGUUUAAAAUAAAAUGAAAACCUUAUGUGAAAAGUAAAAUGCGAAGAAACUCUUUCAAAAACAAGCUAUUAAUCGCUAAUGGAGCUCCCGAAGUUUUAAAAGUAUUGUUGAAAAAUAUUAUUUGAAUCUUGCAAAUUGAGCCUCGAAAUGGACGGAAGAACUUAAAAAAAUAGUAAAACGACCACGAAUAAAUCAUUGGAAGCUGUAAAAAAAAAAAAUUGAAAAUCGGAAUGUCCGUUUUAAAACUGAUAUUCCAAUUUUUACGAAAUUACGGCAUGAGAAAAUUUUCUUUAAAACGCAAAAAAAAAAUCUAGUGCCGUCUAUAAAAUGAUCGCUCUGCGACGACCCCGACGCAUAGUUGCAGACGCAAAAAUCGAAAAUUUUUCUUUUUUUUUCAGUUUGCAAAGUUGCAGAAAAAAAAACUGUGCAAAUGGAAAAACAAUAUAUAUAUAAAGCAAAAAAAAAACCAUGAAUCAUAUCGUUCCUAAGUACUUUUCUUUGGAGUUUUUCCUGUUUAAAUAAUUUAAAAAAAUAAUAACUACUUUAAAAAAAGAAUCAACUUAACCACCAAAUGGGAGUUAGCACCGUCUAUUCAGACCAUCUUUUCCUCCAGCCGUUUCCACAGAUCAGCUGUUAGAUUUAUUUGAUUGUUUUGAUGUUUUAUUUUAUGUAUUUGUCGUGCAGAUUGCGGAAUGGCGAAUAAACACUAGAAAUGAAUAAAUGAAUGAAGUAAUUUGAAGCUGUAGUUUUUCCAAUAUUUAGGCAAACUACCACAUUCACCAAAUCAACGAGCGAUAUUUCGAAGAAUCGCAUGGAGAAAACAGCUGUCGAACCUAUUCUUUAGCUGAACGGUACCAAAUCUCAGAAAACAUUAGGACGUGUAAGGUGCGUAAUAAUAUUGUAAAAGGCAUAAUUUUUCUAUGAAUUCAGACAUUCUCGCAAGUUUUCAAAUGUAUCAUUGUGGUGAAUGUUAGUGCCGUCUCUGCUUUGGCCUACGGCGUUGUUGCGACUUCUCCGAGGCAAAGAAACCUGGCGGCCGCGGCUUUCGACGGCGUUGCUCAAAUGUUCGCAUUUUAUUGGAAAAAUGAGCUCAAAUAAUUUUUCAGUUACGUGUAUGCAGUGCCGACAGUGGCUCUGAUAAACAGCCAUUUAUGGAAACAGAAGCUUUUCCGAGGAUUAGCCAAGGUCUUUUUUUAAAAAUAUUCUUUUCAUUUUUGCCUUCUUUGAGUUCUUUUUGUGAGGCUGCUUUCAUUGAAAUAUCGAGGUUUUUUCUCCAAAUCUUUUUUUCAAUACAGGAAGUUUUUUUUGUACUUCAAGUUGAUUUUUUGAUGGAACUUGGUUGUAAAGUUCUUUCUGGAAAAAAAUACGCCUAGUGAACCUCGUCUCAUUCAGAAGUCGACCAAAGACUUCUUUCUAAUGAGAUGUCAAUUUUCAAAUAAAUAACUAAAAAUAUUAGAUUGGAUUAUAUUUCCUUUAGUGUUUCUGAUUUCCGAGUCUAAGCUAUACUUUUGAUAUUUAAAUAUAUAAGAUAUGUAAAUCAAAAAAAUUUUUUUGAAAUACUUUCAAAAAAAUAAUAAUAAUAAUAAUAAGGUUUUUUUGAAUUAUUUCGCAAAAAAGGGACCAGACCAGUCCAAAAAAAGUCAAAUCGAAAAAAAUUUCAAAGUUGUUUAUUCUUUUUAAUUUCGAUUGAAAAAAACUUGUUUUUUUCGUAUCCCUAAUGAUUUCAUAGACAAGUAGAAAUUCUCAAACUUCAGGAAAAGUUGGAUCUGAAAAAAGAGUUUCGUACUUUUACGAGGAAGCUUCCUGAUCGAUUUCUCGAGACUAGGUACACUAGAUGCAGUUUUUCACUCUGACUCUAGAUCUGGUCUGAAAAACUGUCGCUGUCGUCUGAAAUUGUUGUUUUUGCAAAUCUUCGAAUUGCAUUCUUUCAGAAGUCUUCGUUUCUUCUCUGUUUUCAAACAAUUUCGUUGUUUUGUGGAAUGAAAAACCAUUUAUUUGCAGCUGAGACUCCCGUCGGACUUCACGACGGUGGGACCUCUGGUGCAGAUCGAGUCGACGUUCGGCGACAACCUCAACAUCGACAAGUCGCGUCACUCCCAGCAAUACUUCGACAUGCUCAAGGAGUCCUGGGACCGGCCGCCGCGGCUCUUUACGCCCUUCUAG